AUGGAAGAUCUGAACAUUGGUAUCAUCGCGCAUAUCGAUGCAGGCAAAACCACAACCACGGAGCGGAUGCUCUAUUACAGUGGAUUCACCCGACGGCUGGGCGACGUGGACGAAGGUUCUACCGUCACAGAUUUCCUCCCGGCGGAGCGCGCUCGAGGAAUCACAAUCCAAUCCGCGGCUAUCACCUUCCACUGGCCGCCGGAGAAUGCUGCAGAAGCCAAUGCCUCUCCCCAUGACGCACAAUCCCCGAGGUCUGCCGUCCCACAUACGGUCAACUUAAUUGAUACCCCCGGACACGCUGACUUCACCUUCGAAGUCAUGCGAUCACUGCGCAUUCUCGAUGGCGCAGUCUGUAUUCUUGACGGUGUGGCUGGUGUAGAGGCACAGACAGAGCAGGUCUGGCACCAAGCCAGCAGCUACAGCAUUCCGCGGGUGGUCUACGUGAACAAACUCGACAGGGAUGGCGCCGCGUUUGGGAGAACUGUCAGAGAAGUUGCCUCUCGUUUAAGUGGAUGGCCGGCUGUCUGCCAGAUCCCGUGGUUCGAGGGCGGAAACGGUCGAUUCAUCGGUGUCGCCGAUGCCAUCAACCUGCAAGGUCUCCGAUGGGAUGACGGCGACGGAAAGUCUGUGAAGAUGUUCGAUCUCCAGCAACUAGAUGCCGAGGACGGUCAAUUGGCGCAGGAACUCCGCCGCGCGAGAGUGGCUCUCGUUGAGCUGUUGAGCGAGCAUGACGAAACAAUGAUCGAGAGGUUUUUCGACUGCGACGAAGACCACCUCGCCGUACCCCCGUUGGACAUACUAGAAAGUCUGCGCCGGUGUCUGCACCAGCAGACGGGACGAAAAAUCAUCCCCGUCUUCGCCGGCGCCAGUUUCCGCAACAUCGGCGUCCAGCCCCUACUCGACGCCGUCGUGAACCUCCUUCCCAGCCCGCUCGAAACCGCCGAUCCGGAGGUCAGCAUUGGCGGCGUGAAGGGAGGCCUGCGACGGCUUCUCUCUGGCGACCUACUCGUCGAGCAGAGCGAACAGGCCGCCACUAAGGGGAAGCCUAAGAAGAAGUCGGCCGCCAUCCAUGCCGAAUCUCGCACCGCCAUUGAGAAAUUGCAGGGCUGUGCUCUCGCGUUCAAAGUAGUCAACGACGCCAAGCGAGGGGUUCUCGUCUACGUGCGCGUCUACUCGGGUUCCCUAGACCGCAACAGCGUUCUGUUCAACACCAACUUGAACGUCUCCGAACGCGCCCCACGGCUCCUGAAGAUGUACGCCAACGACGCUGUCGAGGUCGACUCCAUCCCCGAGGGGCACAUCGGCGUCGUGGCCGGCCUCAAACACACUCGUACCGGCGACACCCUGGUCACCUACGCUGGCAACAAAGCCACUCCCCCAGAGCCUCUCAACACGCUCCAACUUCGCCCCAUCACCGUACCUCCGCCGGUCUUCUUCGCCAGCGUCGAGCCGCACAGUCUCAGCGAGGAAAAGCGUCUGCAGGACAGCCUCGCCAUGCUCCUCCGCGAGGACCCCAGUCUCCACGUCACCGUCGACGAAGACUCGGGCCAGACGCUCCUCAGCGGCAUGGGCGAGCUGCACCUCGAGAUCGCCCGCGACCGCCUCCUCAACGACCUCAAGGCGAAAGCCAGCAUGGGCCGCAUCGAGAUCGGCUACCGCGAGUGCCCCCUCGCCGCCUCCGGCCCCGUCACCCAAAUCUUCGACAAGGAGAUUGCCGGCCGCAAAGGCAAAGCCGGCUGCACUGCAACCGUCGAGCCCUUCGACCCGGACUCCUCCCCGGCCGUCGACGAAUCCUCCGCCCUCUCCGUCGAGAUCAGCGACGGCAACCAGAUCGUCAUCCUGGCCCCCGGUCUCGACGUCGAAAUCAGCAAACGCGGCGUCGAGGAAAGCCCCCUCCUCCCCGCAACCCUCGACGUCCCGACCCUCCGCUCCGCCCUCCACAACGGCUGUCUCGCCGCCCUCGCCCGCGGGCCCCAGUUCACCUUCCCCUUGCACAACACACGCGUCAUCCUCACCUUCGACCCGGCCGCCCACCUCUUCGGCAACGAGACCACCCCGUCCGCGCUCUCUGCCGCCGCCCGCCUCGCCACUUCCUCGGCCCUCCGCACCCUCGUCUCGUCCGCCCCAGCCAGCGCAACGGCGCUCAUGGAGCCCGUCAUGAACGUAGUCAUCACCGUCGACGAGGCGAGCCUCGGCGCCGUCGUCCACGACAUCUCGUCCUCGCGCGGCGGCCACAUCGUCUCGCUGGACGAGGAGAUCCCGCUCCCCGCUACGGACCUCGUCGCCUCGCCCGAACCCACCGAGGACCUCCCGCCCAUCGACCCGGCCAAGGUAUAUGCCCCGCCGGACCCGUUCCAGUCGGCGUCGCUGGGCGUCGACCUACCUGCGUCGACGAACCGCCCGCGCACCAUCACCGCCAAGGUGCCUCUCAAGGAAAUGGUGGGCUAUCUCAAGCAUCUGCGCAGUCUGAGUGCCGGUCGCGGGACCUUCGUCAUGAGUGUUGAUCGGUUCGAGAAGAUGAGCGCGCCGCGCCAGAAGGCGGUGCUGUCUGAUCUGCGCGGAGAGUAUAUGUAA